AUGAACCAAUAUUACAUUUUAGUCAAAAUAGGUGAAGGUACUUUCUCAGAAGUUUUAAAAGCAAAAUCAAUGAUAACUGGAUAAUUGGUUGCUAUCAAAUGCAUGAAAAAUAGAUUUGAAAGUGUGGUAAAUUGUUAUUUAAAUAUUAUUAUUAGGAUUAAGUAAAAAACCUAAAAGAAAUCUAAGCUUUACAUUAAUUAUAGUAACAUCCUAAUAUAGUAAAAUUACAUGAAGUUCUCUAUGAUGAACCAAGUGGUAGAUUAGCAUUAGUAUGUGAAUUAAUGGAAAUGAAUCUUUAUGACUGCAUAAAGAAUAGAACUUCUUAUUUGAGCAUGGCCAAAGUUAAAAAAUAUAUGCAUCAGGUAUUAAAAGCUUUAGAUUAUAUGCAUAAACGCAACUUCUUUCAUAGAGAUAUUAAACCAGAAAACAUUUUGAUAAAAAAUGAUAAUGUUAAAGUAGCUGAUUUAGGAAGUUGUAAAGGUAUACAUUCUACACAUCCAUAUACUGAAUAUAUAAGUACAAGAUGGUAUAGAGCACCAGAAUGUUUAAUGACAGAUGGUUAUUAUGAUUAAAAAAUGGAUCUAUGGGGAGUUGGAUGUGUAAUGUUUGAAAUUAUUGCAUUGUUACCUCUAUUUCAAGGGGAAAAUGAAUUAGAUUAAAUUAAUAAAAUCUUCAAAAUCUUAGGUACUCCUGAACCUGAACUAUUAAAUAGAUUCAAAUCUUAAGCUUCUCAUAUGGAAUUUAAUUUUAAACCAUAAAAAGGUAUAGGAUUGGAAAGAUUAGUACCUCCACAUGCUGGAUCAGAUUGUAUAGAUUUACUUUAUAAAUUAUUAUAACUUGAUCCAGUUAAAAGAAUUAAUGCAGAAGAAGCACUUAGACAUGAAUUUUUUGAAGAAUUUUGGGAUGCUCCAAUGUCUUAAUCAAGUGAUAGUACUUAAUUUGGAAAGGCCAUUACAAUUACAAAACCAAAGAAGAGAUUGAAUAAGGGUAUUUAUCCAGGUACAAUAAAAUUGGAAGUUAAGUUGGAGGGUAAAUUGAAUUAAUCUGAUGAUGAGAAUGAAAAAGUAAGAGAUGGAAGUUUGCAUUCUAAAUUACCCCCUAUUACUAAACCAUACAUGAAACCUAAAGUAAAAAAUCCUUAUGUUAAGAAAAAACUUUAUGAUGAUUAUAUUAUAGUUGGGAAAAAAGCUUUAAAUUGA